UUGGUAGUAUUUGUAUGGUGUAAUCAUUUCAAGAUAGAGAGAGAGAGAGAGAGAUGGACCAUACAAAGAUAUAUCACUUAAAAACGUAGUCGCGAUUGCAGAAUCAGAGAGGAGAGACUGAAUUUACAGAGGAAUUUACCCUUUUUCUCUUCUCGUGAUAUCUCUGCCUCUACGAUCAUCAUUAUACCUACGUUCGUUUCUUUAGACCUAGACACUGCCAACUAAAAAACAGCUCUUUCUCUUUGCUUAAAGUUUUACAAUUGAACUGUACUGUACUGUACUGUACGGAUAGAGGAGCUAGUCUUAUACAUACAGAGGUGUUGGAAGUAUAAGAAAGAAUUAGUUAUAGGAAAAUAUGUAAUGGGAAACUGCGAAAGGAAUAAUGGUGGAGUGAGGCAAUAUACAAGAUCAAAAGUUCCUCGUUUGAGAUGGACACCUCAUCUUCAUCAAUGUUUUCUUCUUGCUAUUCAAAAACUUGGAGGCCAUGACAAAGCUACACCAAAGCUUGUUCUUCAGAUGAUGGAUGUGAGAGGACUUACAAUAUCACAUGUCAAAAGUCAUCUCCAGAUGUACAGAAGCAUGAAGAAUGAUGUUAACUGGCAAGGAGAAAGAAGCAAAAGUCAACCAGGAAAAUUACAGUCCCUAGAAGAUGGUCAUUCUCAUCUUCAACAAAAAGAAGUAUGUGUUGAAGAAGAAAAAGUUUUGAGAUACCAUUCAUGUUGUAGCCCCACCAUUGAAACAUUAGAAUCUCCAUUCAUGUUACUGCCCCCUAAAAGAGCUCGAAUGGAGACCACAAGUUGUAAGCCAGAGAGUCUGCAAAACUGCAGGGAGAGAAUACGUGAAGCAGUAGCCAAUUAUUCGUAUAGUGGUGAUGAUUACAUGCAGACUAUUAAUUAUACUGAGAAAAGUGGGGUAAAUAAGGAAGGAAUUACUGCUUUCAGAUGGCAACAGAUUUGUGAUACACAAAGAGAAGCAGCAGUACUUCCCCUGUGCCAUACUGCCUCUCCCUCACUCGAUUUUUUUCAGACUUCUAAUCUUCUUACCAAUGCUGUUCAAGAAUCUAAACAUUUAAAGUUGUCCAUGCAAGAGGAUGAGAACUGGAAAUCAUCAAAGAAGCGUAAAUUUGAUCAAAGCUUGAGGAAGAUAAAGAAUGGAGAAGAAGAAGAAGAAGAAGAUAGUUGUAGAUUGUCAUUAUCUCUCUCACUGCACCAUCCUUGUGGUCAAAGAAGCAGUACUUCAGCUUCUACAAAUGAGGCAAUCUCUUCAUACUCAGACUGUAACUACUGGAAUUCUUUCUCAGAAAAGCAUAGUCUCAAUCUUGACCUAUCUAUUGCCUUGUCGUGAGUGAGAGACUUACAUGCAGAAUCCCCUUUGUUGAAUAUUAAAGUAUUAACGCUUAGUUACAUUUUUCUUA